AUGAGCUUUCUGGUGGAUAAACUACAGCUCAAUUUAUGCAGAGUCAAUGGAGAGAUCCAAGACUUGGAAGUCUUCCGUCUGCUGAGUUUAUCUGAGAGAGUUGUGGCUAUGUCAUUGGACAAUGACUAUUUCUCAAGACAUGGUGGCUGGGGAUUGCCUUUGAUGGUGUUUCUUCGCUUGAGGCGCCCUUUUGUUGCUCUUGUAACUAAUGCAGAGGGUAAUGAGCUUUUCAGGGUACGUAGGCCGUUUUGGUGGAUAAACAGCUCAAUUUAUGCAGAGGUCAAUGGAAAGGAAGUUGGGGUGGUUCACAGGCGAUGGCAUCUAUGGAGGAGGAUUUAUGAUUUGUACCUGGGGAACAAGCAGUUUGCAGUGGUUGAAAACCCUGGCUUUUGGAAUUGGACAUUCACUUUGAAGGACAUCAAUGGCCAUGUGCUCGCUGAGAUAGAUCGUGACUGGAGAGGUUUCGGCUUUGAGCUUUUUACUGAUGCUGGUCAAUACGUGAUUCGCUUUGGAAGUACCGAUCCAAGCUCCAAGCAUGGAGCUGCUGAAGCGGUCCAAGAUUUGGAAGUGUUCCGUCCACUGAGUUUAUCGGAGAGACCUGUGGCUGUUGCUCUUGCUAUAUCAUUAGACAAUGACUAUUUCUCAAGACAUGGUGGCUGGGGAUUGCCUUUGAUAGCGGUUGGCGAGUAGAUUACGGUUUUGUUGAUUGUUGUACAGUUGAGAAUCUAUUUGCUUAUUCAUCGAAUCAGUCGAGUCCUGAACUGUUCAUACGCUCCUCCUCUUCCCUAAGGAUGUUUUGCUUUUUUUCUUUUGGUUGACAUAUGUGACACUCUCAAUUUGAUACAAACCUUGACAAUUAAGGAGACUCUAUAUUUGGCCA